GUGGUAGGACUCCACUAACCGGACUUUCUUCUCCAGUUUGUCCCGCAGAGGAGGAAGUGAAACUGGGGCGCCACACUUCUUCGCUCCGCUUAAAACCCUCACAGGAAAACGACCUGAGGAACCUGCGCGGUUUUAUCCCGAAGCGACUUUGCGAAACAAACUUUUCGUCUGUUGUAUUUGUUUUCUAUCGGUUUUGUUCGAGUCUGAGCUGAUUCGCUCCGCCGAUUCAUCAACAUGUCUGUCCAGACGAGCCAGAAGACGUCGACGACCUACCGCACCGUGCAGGUGGCCUCUCCGGAGCCGGUGACCAACACGGUGAUCUCGACCGGGUCGGUGUCCCCGAUGCAGUACGCGAUGAACGGCUAUGAGACGGUGCGGUACCUGGUUCCGAUGCAGCAGGCCGUGCAGCAGCAGUCCUACGUCCUCAUGCAGCAGCCGAUGAUACAGCAGCCUAUGAUGCAGCAGGUGGUCUCCCCGGUGUACCUGCCGAGUCUGCAACACCUGAGCGUCAGCAGCCAGGAGUCCGACCUGAUGUACCAGCAGCGGAGCACGACCGAGAGCAUCAGCAGGCAGUCUUCAUCAGUGUUCAGCCAGUCGUCCAGUCCCAUCAAGAGCCCUGAGCCGAGUGCAGAGGAGGAGGAAGAGGAGGAGGAAGAGGAGGGGGAGACAGUGGAGGUGGAAGAGGUGGAGAUUGUCAACGUCAUACAGAAUAAGCCGCCCCCCGUCGUGGAGAAGAUCUCCAGGACGGAGGUGAAGACCGAGCUGAGGGAAGUGCCCCAGCUGACCAAGAUGGACACUCGUUACUUCGGCGAGCUGCUGGCCGACGUCUACAGGAAGAACUGUGACAUCCACUCCUGCAUCUCCGAGCACGUGGCCAAGAUCCGUGGAAAGAAACACCAGUUGGAUCCCUGCAAUGACUACAAGGUGGAGAAAGAGGAGGUGGAGGCUUUGCUUCCCAAAGGCACCUCUGAACUGACCAAACAGCAAAUCCGCUACCUGCUGCAGACUCGUCUCACUGCAGAUAAGAGCAUGCGUCUGCUGCUGUCCACCUUCAGCAGUCUGAGAGAGGAGCUGCUCCACAUGUCUGAGGACCUGCGGCGUCUGGAGAGCGAGAAGGCGGCUUUGGAGAGAGAUCUGAGUUUCAAAGCAGACCAGGCGCGGCAGUAUGACUGCCUCCUGGAGGCCGUGAGGGAGAACAACAGACAGCUGCAGCUGUCUCUGAAGGAAACCACCGCCUCCCAGCGCAGCCUGGAGACCCAGCUCAUGAGCAGCCAAAGCACAGACUCGAGCCGCAACUUCAAGCUCAAAGAGAUGGAGGGAAGGAUAAGAGCGCUGGAGAAGGAGAACGAGAUGCUCCGACAGAAGGUCGCAGGCCAAGGCAGCAGCUCCACCCUGCAUAUCAAGACUGAGGAGUUGUCCCGUCAGUACAAGGACCAGCUGAGCUCCAUGAGACAAGAGAAAGACCAAGAGAUCCAGAGGCUCCGGUCCCAGAUAACGCAGAUCCAGACGGAGUUCAACACCACCAGGUCCUCCUCGGACAAGACUCUCCAGCUGAAAAUCUCAGAGCUGCUCGCCAUGCUGGAGCAGCGGCAGACCACCAUCACUCGACAGGAGGAGGAGAUCCGGAAGCUGAUGCAGGAGAGGAACGACAGCUCCAAGAACGUCACCAAGACCAUCAUCACCAAGAGGUACAGGAACCAGUAUCCCAUCCUUGGUCUGCUGAGCGACGACUACCAGGUCACCUCACCCAUCAAAGAAGCCAAGACCAUCGUCAUCGAGAGAACUGGAGAGAUGAUUAAACAGGAAAUCAUUACAACCCCUUAAAGACACACUGCUUCUCUCCGACAGGAAUGAUUGAACGACAGGAAGACCCAGACGUCACCCCCUUCACCCCCUGCAUGCACAUCCCCUUCCCCUCCCUCAUCCUCAGGGCUCCCAGGGUUGGUGGUGGUUGAAAUCUCCCUCUCCCUCCCUAAAUUUGGGGAUCACUGGUUCAAAUCUUGGGUUUGAACAAAUAGAGCUUGUUUGGGGUGACUGUUUUAUUUGGGCUUUUUAUAACAAAUAAUCAAAGAGCAAAACUUUUCAGAGUGUGCCGCAGCCAGUCGGUUGAGCAGGAGAUUAAGGCGGCACUAAAGAAGCAAUCAUGACAAACUGGGCAAGAUUUCAGAGGAACAGAGGACAGUUUUGUUUGAAAAUGGGAGCUGAGAUGACAUCCUGCUUAUUUAAGUGAAGGUUUGAGGUUGGAAACAUCAACAAAUGUCAGAUUAACCCAAAAAAAACCAUAAUCUGUGUCCCAAACUGGCUUUUGAUUGGCUGUUCUGCAUACUGCCUGCAGUAGGUGACACUAAAAGGUGAGAAAUUCUGUAAUAAACGAUGUGUAUGGGCUUGUUUUAAAACCCUUUGCUAUUCUAACAUACUCACCUCUAAAUUUAACAUUUAAUUCAAUCUGAUUCGUGCAUUAACACUGAAAUCUGACGCACAAUAUUUCAAUGACUACUUUAACCUGGUGAAACAUUAUCAGCACACUGCAGCAGGGUUGGGAAAUCAUGAUGCAACGCUCAUAUUUGAAUCACUAAAAAUGUGAUUAUGUCAUUUACUGCAAGACAGUCUUCUGUGAUACAAGAAGUAUGUAACUGAAGAGAAGCACUAAAAUGGCAAAAUAUAUAUGAAUAAGUAACAACUUCCUGUUUUUGCUGCCUGCACGAUGAAGAGCUUUCAAUGUCACUGAAGUUUAUGGACAACUGUGACAAACAACACAAACUGCCAGACAGCAGAUCAGCUCAGAGUUAAACAUCCUGGAGUGAAAGACAGCUGCAGCUGUGUCUCAGUAUCACACGAGAUUGGAUUGUGAUAAAUUGCUGUAUCGAUUAUUUGUCCCAUCCCUGCGAGGCAGGCGAGCUCAUAGCUUAUGGCAAGGCUGCAUUCAGCUCUACGUGCACGUCGUCUUCCCUCCAAUCAAAAGAGAAUCCACAAAAUGCUUGAAUGAGAGAUAGACGCCACAGCGAGGUUGAUGCUGUGCCCCAAAUCCAGACUACUUACUGAUAAUAAGCAGGUUUUCUAUCCAAUUUCCACGCGUUAUACAGUGGGAGACAAACUGAGGUACACUCAGACCAGACUGUGCGCACACAUGAAGGUAUCAAACAAUUCACGACAAGGCGAUGCUGCAGAUGGUCUACAGCAAGAAAUCCAGUUACUUCACCUCCUUUUUGACAAUAUUCAAAUCAGCAAAUACCUGCUUAAAGAAUAAGCCAACACUCAAUGUCGCUGCUGACACUAAUGUUGCACAACAGACACAUGUUGGUCGAUACUUGUAAAGCACUAAAUUCAAUUAUACCAGCCUGACCUACAAGUGUGGAGUUAUGAGUUUGUCGGUGCUGAUCAAUCACAAUACCACAGUGUGGCUCACAUCUUGUACAUCAUACGUUUCUCCACUAGGGGGCUCACUGAAGGGAAGACAGCGCGCGAAUGUGGAACCGAAUUACCAAAAGAGUGCCGUCUCAGCUUCCAGUUGUCACUAAAGCAUGUUUAGACAAGCCAGAUGCCAUCGAGCAUAUAGCAUGAGACCCUCCUCAAAGCCACCACAGCCACGUUAGCCCAGGGGACGGGGAAGAGGAUGUGUUACUAUGAUUGCUACUCUGCAUGUAAAUAUUUAUAUAUAGAUUAUAUUUGUAAGACGGGCACGCUCAGCAAAUGUUUUCCCCAGUGUGACUGUAGAGCAGCCCUGCAUCACAGUUCUGAUGAACAUUUGAGAAAUGUUCCGAUCGGGUAGUUUGCUUUGCAUUUGUUUUGUGCUAAAUGGUCGUUUUUUUUAAAUCUGUCCACUGUGUAAUAAUGUCUUUGAGAGCUUUUUAUUUCGAGGUGUUGUUAGCCUCAGAGGUGCAUGGGUAUGUGCUGAUCACAUGUAGCUGUCAUGUGUUCAUAUAUGAGAGUGGGGUCUGGGUCGAGACCGCAUGAUGUCUCACAUCCAUGAGAGGACACGCAAGCUUACGCUGACUCUCAUGGGUGUAACGUAACGAGGGGUGGAUGGGUGGAUGUGUGGAAUGGGAGCAUGGUUUUAUGGGGGUUUAUGAUGGUGGAAGAACAUUUUAAAGCACAAUGUUAUAUAAACUGAGUUUUUCUCUGAGUUUUCCUGGUUGUCACAUUCAGGCUUUCUAUAUAAGGAUGCAUGUUGACGGCUUCAUGUCCGCUGGGAGCUCGUCUUACAGGUGCUGCAGCCUGUUUUACUGACCUCCAGCUGGAUUUACAGCUGGCUGUUUAUUUAUUGUUGCUCCUCGGAGCCAAACUUUUAACUAGUUCAACAUAAAGAGACAUUUUCACCUUCCUGCUGCCAAUAAAAUGAGCAUGUAUUUGUGGUUAGCAUGGAGCACAUAAAUACAAAAAUAAAUGAAAAACUGUAUAUAUCAUAAAGCCUACUGACAACUUGUAUAUAUAUUUCUGCUCUCAGUCAGCCUGCUGAAGAUGACUUGAUGACUGGCUCUGAUUGCUGCACUGUUAAUAGUGGAAAUCAGAGUUGUUACUACACAGAUGCACACCUCUGUAAGGCUCAUGCACUGCACCACUCCAGAGUAAGAUACUGUAGCUCAUCAGCGGUGCGUUGCCACUUUGAUGACAGAAAGUGCUGGUUUUGUUUCUCCACCUCUACCUGGAGGUUUUUGUCAGUAAGAGUCAUGACUUAUGCUAAAGGCUCUUGCAUGAUUUUACUGCUGGAAGUGGUCAGGAUGAGUUUUUAUUUUAGCUUGUGCAUCAGAUAAAAUUUACAAAAGUACUAUAACUGGUUUAACAGACUGCAGUUCCUAGAUGCUUUCAUAUUAUAAAGGCGUGCCUCCUAAACAUCUCACCAAAACUACUGACAGGAAAGAGCUGCCCAGUGGACACAGAGCUGAAUUUCUGUUGGAAGCCUGUACAAUAUGUUGACUAUCAAAGCAAUCCAGGUGCCUUAUUGUGGUAGGUUGAUAGCACGCUAAUGUUGGGCCAGCAUCACUGUUUGGUUGACAGAAUAUCGUCAUGUGGUCAAAAUCUGGUAACUCUGAUCACAGCUUUGGCAGCACCGGACCAGCAGUGGCCUUCCCAUUCGCUUGCUAUCUGUGAGGAGACCUGAUCCUGCCUUUCUUUGCAAGUGGAGAAUAAACUGUAUGCUGAGCUAAAUUAACUGGUUGUAGCUAAUCUGCAAAUAGAUGUGUCUAAAUAUAUUUUCAUAUGCAAACUAUUUUCUUUAUUUCCCAGUUCCAGGAGGAUUUGGGCUGCUAGCCAGGCUGCCUCAGUCCUCUCCAAUGAAUAAUGUUUCAGCUGUGAUAGAUUGUUAUUAAAAUCAGUAAUGCAGCUUUGCAAAAAAAAUCCAUGUUUUGUGUUUUACUUAACAUGCAUGAUAAAAACUGUACCAACACUAUAAUGAGUAUGGUCAUGUU